AUGUCCUCGACAGCGCUGAGAGGGACCUCUCUCAAGCGGAAGGCUAACCAAGACGAGAAUGCCAACGUUCCUGAGCCACCGAGGAAGCUGCCCGCCAUCGCAGAGGGCGACCCCAACCAACCAACGCGUCCGCUGAGGCCAGCAGUAUCCAGACUUGCGAAGGGACCCGCGCCUUUGACGAAGCCCAGGGCACCUCCAUUAACGAGUACAACGAGGCGGACGGAGCGUGCGACGAGUGCGCCGCCGAAGUCUACUGCACCCGUUCGACCCACGACCACACGACCCGCGACGAGGUCAACAAGACCAACGACUGUCUCCGCUGAAGACAAGCGCUUCCAGUCUCUACAGGACCAGGUAUCGUCUAUUGAAGCCGCUCGAGCUGCCGAUGCCGAGCGACUGGCGGCUGCCAUGGACUCCGAGCGUGCGAAGGUCGCGGAGCUGCAAGCGAACCAGGGGGCCAUGGCGCAGCAGCUCGCGGCGGCGAAGACACAAGAGCUCGCUCAGCGGCAGGAACUGGACAACGCGAGCGACGAGAUCAACCAGCUCCGCCGGCGGCACGCGCGCGAACUCGAGGACCGGGAUGCGGACAUGCGGAGAAAGGAGCGGGAGGUGCGUGAGCUGAAGGAGGAGCUACGGAUGUGCCAGGACGACCUGGAGAGGGAGAGAGGGACGGUGAAGAGCUUGAAAGCCACUCUGUCGCACCAGUCCGAUGCGCACGUCGCACUGACCGCCCAGAUCACAGCCUUCCAGGCGCAGCAACUGGCGAUGCAGGCGCAGAUCGACGCGCGUUCGAGAAAUGGUCUGGAACUGACCAUGGAGCUGGACGCGGCGCGGAAGCGGAUUGCCGAGCUCGAGAAGGAGACGCGUGAGGCUGAGAGCGUGCGGCGGAAACUGCACAACAUGGUGCAGGAGCUGAAGGGCAACAUCCGUGUCUUCUGCCGUGUGCGCCCGCUGCUUCCCUCUGACUUACCCCCGCGAGGUUUGAUCACUUCUACGUCGUCUACGGAUGGCUUGCCCACGCCCAACGGUACUCCUGAUCCGGAGGAUGACAACACGCGAACAGAGGAGGCGAAGGCACAAAUCGUAUUCCCAGACAAGAUGGAUCACAGGGAGAUUGUGCUUAGCUCGUCCAGCGAGAGUGCCACUGGGCAAGAACGCAAAGAUGAAUGGGCAUUUGCAUUCGACCGAGUAUUUGAACCGCACUCCACUCAGUCAGAGGUAUUCGAGGAGAUCUCUCAGCUGGCGCACAGUUGCACAGACGGCUACAACGUCUGUGUCUUCGCGUAUGGUCAGACGGGAUCAGGCAAAUCCUUCACUAUGGAAGGCGGGCUGACCGAAACCACGGCUGGAAUGAUUCCUAGGGCCGUGGAGCAAGUCUUCCGAGUGGCCGAGGAGCUCAGAAACAAGGGCUGGGAGUACAAGAUGGAGGGCCAAUUCCUCGAGAUUUACAACGAGACAAUCAACGACCUCCUCGGCAAGGGAGAGUUCGACAAGAAAAAGCACGAGAUCAAGCACGACUCCAAGACCGGGCGUACGACGGUCACAGACGUCAACGUCGUCCCGCUUGCCACCGCUGCGCAGGUGCGCACGUUGCUCUCGCUCGCGCAAUCCCGGAGGACCGUGGCAGCGACGCUCAUGAACGAGCGGUCGUCCCGCUCGCAUUCCGUGUUCACGCUCCGCAUCCGCGGCGACAACACGCUUACGGGCGAAGCAUGCGAGGGUAGCUUGAACCUCGUCGAUCUAGCGGGUAGCGAGCGGCUGGAGAAAAGCGGCGCCGCGGGCGACAAGGAUCGCCUACGGGAGACGCAGAACAUCAACAAGAGCCUGAGCGCACUGGGCGAUGUCAUUGCCGCUCUUGGGGAGAAGGGUGAGGGGAAGGGCGAUAAGCAUAUCCCCUACCGGAACUCCAAGCUGACGUACUUGCUUCAAAACUCAUUGAGCGGCAACUCCAAGACCCUAAUGGUCUUGAACCUCUCGCCGUUGGCCAAUCACCUGAAUGAGUCCCUGUGCUCUCUGCGUUUCGCAACCAAAGUCAACAACACGACGAUUGGCACCGCGAAGAAGCAGAUGCGGAAUCCGAGCGCAUGA